AUGUACCACCCUGGAUGGAUCAAUCUCAUGAUGUCUGGUAUCAAGACCCCCAUGAGGUCAUUCGGAACAUGCUGGCAAACCCAGAUUAUGCAACAGAGAUGGACUACCGGCCCUACCGACUUCAUGUCUGGUGACUGGGCUUGGAACCAAGCGGAUAUCAUUUCCAAAGACCUGGAUGCAACUGGCUCGACCUUUGUGCCGGUUAUGCUCGGAAGUGACAAGACGACAGUUUCAGUGGCAACUGGCGCUCACGAUUACUAUCCCCUGUAUGUAUCAAUCAGAAAUGUUCAUAACAACAUCCGAUCCACGAAGGAGCACACCUCCUGCCCCCAAUAUCGGAAAUAUCACCGGCAACUGUUUCAUUCGUCUAUCUCGAAGAUUCUUGAGAACCUAAGGCCUGGCAUGACCAAACCAGAGGUUGUGCGCUUCGGCAAUGGGCACUAUCAGCAUGUUAUCUAUGGGCUUGGACCAUACAUCGCAGAUUAUGAAGAACAGUGCCCAAGGUGUAUGUCACACCACAAAAAUUUGGAUGCCAAGUCAUUGCAUCGUAAUCGUGACCAUACAGAAGCACUCAUUGAAGAAGUAUCAUCUACUGAUCUGUGGGAUGAAUAUGGGAUCAUCCGUGAACUCAUCCUGAUUAAAGGAACCUUCAAGGAUCAUUUAGUUGAGUGGGUUGGAAAAUAUUUGCUCCACAUGCACAGAAAGAAGGGAGCAGAGAAAAUUCAAGAUGAGAUAGAUCAAAGGAUCACUGUGGUUGCCUCAUUCUCAGAAUCUAUGCUGGUUCAAAUCCAGGAAGCCCUUGACCGAUUCCAUUAUUACAGGAAGGUCUUUGAGUCCAUAGGCGUCAUACCUACAUUCUCCCUCCCUCAACAACAUUCCUGCUCCCAUUAUAUCCUCCUUAUCCGAUUGUUUGGUGCACCCAAUGGCCUGUGCUCCUCAAUCACUGAGACAAAGCACAUCAAAGCCGUCAAGGAACCAUGGAGGCACUUGAGUUGCUACAAAGCCCUUGGCCAAAUGCUGGUGGCAAACCAGUGUCUCGAUAAACUUGCAGCUUCAAACACUUCGGGCACUAAAGUGUUUCCUGACCAACCCAAUGAGAAUAACAUCAUACUACUCCCUGACCUCGACAUUACUAUUCAGGGUGACAAUGAAGAGGGCGAUAUUAUUGAUGGCCUAACACUGGUGCAGGCCCAUGUUCAGUUGGCAAAGACACUCUUGAACCCAGAUGACCAGCGCUCUCCCUCUGAAGUCCCGCUUGCAAGUUGUCCCCAAUUUGAUGGUAAAAUACACGUUUUCAACUCUGCAUCUUCGACAUUCUAUGCACCCAGCGAUCAUAGUGGGAUUGGUGGCAUGCACUGGGAAUAUAUUCAUGCCUGUCCUGUAUGGAGAAAUGAGGCACCCCAGUAUGACU